AUGAUGACAGGUUUUCGUUAUGUAAUUUUAUUAAUAGGAUUAUUCUCAUAUUGUUGUUUAAUAUCAAAUAUUCUUACAUUAAAUUUUGCUGUUGUUUGUGAUGCUAGCACAAAUGAAACUGCUCUUAUUAAUUAUGAUACUUCUGAAAUGAAUUUUCUUUUUUCAAUAGUUGCAUUUGGUAAUAUUGUUGGAACAAUUCCAAUUCAAUAUUUAUAUCAAAAAAUUGGUCCAAAAAAUACAUUUAUUUUAUAUUUAAUGAUAUCAUUAAUUUCAACAGCACUAAAUCCUUUUGGUUUAAUGACAAAUUAUUUUAUUAUGUUAGGUAUAAGAUUUAUGCAAGGAUUUUCUUGGGCAAUUGCUUUACCAGGUCUUGGAUCAAUGACAUAUGCAUGGGCACCAAUAAUUGAAAGUGGUAUUUAUAUGACAACAUUAAGUACCAGUGGACAAACAGCACCAUUAAUAACAAUGUACUUAUCAUCACAAUUAUGUACAAAUAAUUUUGGUAGUUCAAGUAUUUUUUAUGUUCACUCAUUAAUAUCAUUAUUUUUUCUUAUUAUUUAUUUUAUUUUUUAUAAAGAUUAUCCUGAAGAUUCAAAAUAUGUAUCACAGGAAGAAUUAAAAAAAAUAAAAAAAGAAAAAGGUAGUUCUGAUAAAAGAAAAACUUCUAAAGAACCAGUUCCUUAUAAAAAAGUAUUUCUAAAUCCAACAUUAAGUGUUGGAAAUAUAACAUAUUUUAUAUAUUUCUUAAGUAUGCAUUUAUGGAUGCAAUAUGCAGCAAUAUAUAUGAAUAUAGUUUUAGAAUAUGAUGUUGCAACAACAGGUAUGAUAACAUCAUUUCCAUAUUUUUUUGGAAUAGGAGUUAAAUUUUUAUAUGGAUUUUUAAGUGAUAAAGAAAAUUUUUGUGUUUUACCUGUUGUAUUAAGAAUUCUUCAAGGAACAAGUCAAAUAACAACAGUACAAAUUAUCUUAGGAGGGUCAGCAUCUGUAGCAAUAUUUAAAUCAUGUCUUCUUGUUUCACAACAACAUUUUCAUUUUGUCAUGUCAAUUGCUUCUAUUGCUAACAGUGUUGCACUACUCUUGGUACCAUCUUUAGUAAAUAUAAUAAUGCCAAAUUUUGAAAUUGAAGGAUGGAAAGCUUUAUUUACAAUUAUUGGAAGUUUAACAGUAAUAUCAAAUAUUGGUUUUCUUAUUGUAAUGAAAACAGAACCUGAAAAAUGGACAAAAAAUAAUAAUACAAAAAAUAAUUAUAAUGAAACUAAUACUGAUAAUAAUGCUAUUUAA